CUCAACAGUGUCAUAACAGAGGCAGGCAACAUCAGCCACGUCCUCAAGCCCAAAGUCCAGCAGGUUUGCACUGAAGAGCUCCUUGUCUUUUUGCAGAAAUACCAGGACGGCGAAAACAAGUUCUUGAGGAGUAAAAAGGCAAAAAACAGCCUCUCUGCCAAGCUGCAUCCUCUGAAAAUUGUAAACAGGUGCAUCAGCCUAAGGGAAUAUUUACAAAAGAUCACUGGGGACAAAAGUGACGUCAAUUAUUUAAAGGGGUUAUCCUCACUUGAAGAUACAGAAUCCCAGGCCAGAGGACUGAUACUGCACGAGCUCAUCAUCUCUUCCAAGGCAUUGCUGAGAGCCUAUAUCAGGAAGGGAGAGAAAAGUAUGGAAGACCUCAUUGAUAACACAAAAGAGUAUUUUACAAUUCUUCCAAUGAAGAAGCAAGCAGCACACAAGGUUCUGCUGGAGUCCAGCUAUUGCCGGAUUUGCUUCCUCUACCUCAAGACGCUGCUGAAGACUGACCACACACGUCUGCUGGAGAAGUGGGGAGAUGUGGAAGGAAGGAUGGAACAGGAUGCCGGGAUCUUGCAUGCUGCAUUUUCCCAGCUGAGUCCCAAUGUGAAGCAGUGGAGCGUGGUGCUGCUGAGAGUGGCGGAGAUGCUGAGAGUGAGCGAUGAGGACGCUCUGAAGCAGCUGGGCAGUUUCCUCUUGAGAGACAUCCCCGAAGUGAGACCCGCUGACAGAGUGACCGUUCAGGAGCAAGGCCGGGGAUCCCUGUUAGCUGUGAAUGCGUCUGGAUUUACAUCAAGCAAGCGCCAGCUGCGCUCCCUGCUGCAGUGGAAGGGCAGCCUGUCCGCCCGGCAGGUGACCGCCGUCCUGGGGGCGUGUGAGGAGGUCAGGGUGUGGCUCAGGCAGACCUCUGACCCCCAGGACCCUCAGGACCCACUCGACCCCAAACCUCUUCGCUGGGGCUGCUGCUUUUCCUGCCUUUGGUGACGCGUCUCCACGCGGCCCACCGCAGCCCUCGCCUCCUCCAGAGUGGACAUUCGUGAGCCCCACCCCCACGGCUGUGCUUCGCCACAUCUGUCCGCUCUGCGCCUGCCAUCCUUGUGUCCUACCGAGCCUCACAGCAUGCUGGCUGAGUUCUUCUUUCCUCCAAUGGAGGACCCCAGGCGUUAAAGCAGUAUAUAUUUUUUUUUCUAUUUGAGAAAAGCCUUGUUGUAUUUGUGCUUCACACAAUGCCUUUGUAAACAUUCAUCUGAAACGUGCUGUAAACCCUGUUGCGGGGGUGUGUUGACUGUACUGUAUGUAUGGGAAAGGGCGGUGGGGAGAUUAACUACUGUCAUGAGUGGGGAGGAGGCAGACUGUGUCCCGGCUGGCAGGGGUUCUUCCAUCAGGAAUCCCGCACAUCAUGGGCAGUCCGACACAGGCGCCAGCCGGAUUUCUGUAGCCCUGUGGAAUUCUGUAUCCGCACAGAACACAGGAUCUGUAUCCUGUAGGCCGUUGGAUUUCAGGGCACUGAGUCCGAGAGACUUUCGGUACCUCCUUUCUUGCCAUUUCCUCCCCCAGGCCAGUCUCAGUGCGGCUCUGGAGGUUCAGUUUCACCCACUCGAGUUAGAAGUAGCG